UAUUCUAUUAUGUCCACCUUGGUUACUCACUCAGAUGUAAAGUGAAAGCAAUCGAAAUUGGUCUUUCUUCAACGCCAUUUGCGAGUCUCAACACCAAAUUUCCGAACAAAAUUUCCUCCCUUUCUCAGACCAAAUUCUCCAUAGAAAAAGACCCCAAAUGAAAGCACUAUCCUUUUCAUCCUCAAACCAGUUAUGGUACCCAAAUCUGCAAACCCCUCAAACCAAACCUCCACGCCUCAACUUCACCAAAACCGAAUUCGACCCAUCAAAGAAAACCACCCCGCUUGUCUCUUUCGCCACAAACCCAUCGCAAUCUCCGCCACUGGUGGUCGUCGGAUCGGCCAACGCCGACAUUUACGUGGAGAUCGAGCGGCUUCCAAUGGAGGGCGAAACCGUCUCGGCAAAGAGCGGGCAGACCCUUGCCGGAGGCAAAGGCGCCAACCAGGCGGCUUGCGGGGGUAAGCUCGCGUACCCCACAUACUUUGUGGGUCAGGUUGGUGGGGACGCUCAUGGGAAGUUGAUCGCUGAGGCUCUUGAGAGUGGUGGUGUUUGUGUUGAUCAUUUGAGUGUGUUGGGGAAUGUGCCCACUGGCCAUGCUGUUGUGAUGCUGCAGUCUGAUGGGCAGAACUCGAUCAUCAUAGUUGGCGGGGCCAACAUGUGUAGUUGGCCCCAGAGUUUGCCUGAUGAGCAUUUGGAGCUGUUGAGGAGUGCUGGUAUUGUUUUGCUUCAGAGGGAGAUUCCGGAUUCUGUCAACAUCCAAGUUGCCAAGGCUGCCAAAAGCGCUGGGGUUCCUGUUAUUUUGGAUGCUGGUGGAGUGGAUGCUCCAAUCUCACAAGAACUGCCGACCAAAACUUUUGAACAGAUUAGCAAAGCUGUAGCGAAAUGCCACGAAAAGGGUGUUAAGCAAGUCUUGGUGAAACUUGGUGCCAGAGGAUCUGCUCUUUUUGUAGAAGGGGAAGAACCAAUUAAACAACCAGUCAUAGCUGCCGAGAAAGUCCUUGAUACUACUGGAGCUGGCGAUACUUUUACCGCGUCUUUUGCUGUAGCUCUUGUGGAAGGAAAGUCUAAAAAGGAAUGCUUGAAAUUUGCAGCUGCAGCAGCUUCUCUUUGUGUUCAAGUGAAGGGAGCCAUACCGAGCAUGCCUGACCGGAAAUCGGUUAUAAAUCUGCUUCAAUCUCUUUAAGGAUGCCACUGUGACCAAUGAUUUAUUUAUUUUUUUGGGUAGAAGUGUCCAAAGAUAGUUACAAAGCCGAAUAAACUCUUCUUUGGAUUCAUGAAUUUUUUCACGGGCACAUUGUAAAUUUACUUUGAUGCUGCUAAAAUUCCAUUUUAUCAAAUAAUAUAUGGAUUUAGGCUUAUCAAGAGAUAAUGUAACUUCAGCUUAAUAACAAUGACGAUGCCAACUUGGGCGGCUUCUCCAGCA